UUGCAUCUUUCAGCAAAAGUCAUGGUCCACAAAGAGGCAUUAGAUUGAAUAUCACUGAAUGCUUUUUAAUCCAUUUUAAAAGACCAGGAAAUGUCAAUAUUGACCGAUUUUGCAGGUUGUCUUGAAAAAAACAAAAACAAGAUGUACCAUUGAGAACAGUACAAGUGGAGUGACAUUACUAAGAACAGGACAUCACUCCAAUAUUGAUGAAAAGACUAGAAGAAAACUGGUCUGGGAGGCUGCCCAGAGGCCUACAGCAACUUUAAAGAAGCAGCAGGUUUUUCUGGCAAGUUCUGGGCUAUGGGAUACAGUGGCAAGACUGAAUCAUUAUCUUACAAAGAAAACCUACAUCAAGUCUCCCAAAAGCAUGAGGGGAAAUGUGUUGUGUUUGGGGCUGUUUUUCUUCAGCUCGAAACAAACACCAGUUAAUUUUGGCACAAAACCCUAAAUGCUCUGCUAAAAACCUACAACAACGACCCAAAGCAUACCUUCAAAUCAACUGAUGAAUGGCUUCAUCAGAAGAGGAUUCAUGUUUUGGAAUGGCACAUCCAGAGCCCACACAUGCAUCCAAUUGAAGGUCUGUGGGGUGACUUGAAGAGGGCAGUGCAGAGGAGCUGCCCUCGCAAUCUCACAGAUCUGGAGUGCUUCUGGAAGGAAGAGUGGGCAAAGAUUGCCAAGUCCAGAUGUGCCAUGCUGAUAGGCUCCUACCCAAAAAGACUAAAUGCUGUCACAAACUAAAAAGGUGCUUCAACAAAGUAUUAGUUUAAGGGUGAACACACUUAUGCAACCGCAUUAUCAUAUAUUUUUUUCUGAAUUAUAGCUGGAAAAAGUUCUGAUGUGAUUUAUCUUAAUCUCUUUUUUUUUUACAUCACAACAACUUGGCAUUUUAACAGGGGUGUGUGGAUUUCUUUUAUAUCCACUGCAUUCAUUUUCCUCCUGCUCUUUCUCUCUGUUGGGUCUCUGUUUUUAAUAUCAUUAAAAAAAUCCACCAUCCUGAUGUUACCUGAGAUCACUUCUGGAGUGAUUUUGGCUGUGUGAAUAAAUUGAUUUGAAUAAAAUCACAAAUUUGUACUUUUUGGUCUCAACUUUCUUCACUUAUUAUUGAAACUGUUUGUUUUAGUGCCUGUUGUGUUGGCUGGUGGAGUGAAAACACCAUGUUCCACUGUUUCUCUGUUUAAUUCUUCCUUCUCAUUUACCUUGAUAACUUUAUAUGAUGACCUCUUCAAUGUUAUUAUAUUUACAGCAAUUUUAACCCUGCCUCAUUUAGGCGAUGUAGACUACAGUACAUCAGCAGACGUAGUUCUGAUUAAAGUCAAAUAAAUCAGUGAUGGUGCAACAUUUCUCCUUUACAAACAGAACUGCAUUUAAAGAUCACAUAUGAGAUGUAUUCUCUCUGGGGUAAUAUUCACUCUGUCUGUUCUCUGUCACUUUGUCUUGGUUAUGCUUUAGGCAGCAUCUGCCAUCCUUCAGAAGGGUAAUGAUUUAAUUAAUGUGCUGAAAAUAGUUUGCAUAAGAAAAUCUAGGCUACCGAGUGAGUGUGACAGGAGCUGGUGGCUCAUUAGCUAUAGUCACUUAGUGGAUUACUGUGUAAAUAAAAAAACUCACCCACUCUGGAACCUUUCAUGUUUCAAACAGAUUCUCCCCACUCAGCGAUGCACCCGCUGAGAAAUCAGCUCUGGUAAUUUGACUAUAGUCAGAUAUAUUCCUGGGGCCAGUGGGGGCGGCACUGAACCUUAUUUAAAACUGCUGGCUGGGGAUAAACCUAAAUACAGUCAAAUUUAUUUGGCAGUAACAACAGCUGAUUAUGCCAGGUCCCAAAAAACGAAUGUUGAGUCAAUGCGUAUGCUUGUCUGGGCCCCUGGGAGACGGCAUUCAUCCCACUUUGGAUGGAGCGGCUCUCAUAUCUGAAUAUGAAUGAUUUUACAGUCAACACCAUGACGGUCGAGAGUUGAGACCAGGAGGCAGAGUGUCAGUCUCCCUCAAUUCUGUGCAUGUCUAAAACGGUCUAAACACUGUGGAAACUGUGUCUGCCCUGGACCAACUAAAUGAAUGAUAUCAAAAGUAAACAGACGAGGACUAAUACAUACAAACCUAAUAAAAAACACUCUCAUCUAAUGUCUGAUAAGUGAUCAUCACAUUGAUGUAUUGUUAUGAAUGAAACCUGGCUCUAACAAGAAGAAUAUGUGAGUUUAAUUGAACCAAAAUCAACACAAUACUCAUAUGGUUUUACUCGAUACACAGACGUGGAGGGGUCACAACGUCAGAUUGACCCUUUGACCUAAAUGUACUCAUAGUUCAUCUGAAAGCUUGAGCCUCGUACGUCCAAGCUGAACAUUUCAGAAACUCCUGGGUUGGGAAUUACUGUCCUGAGCCUCAGCUGACUUGUUUCCUAAUGUGUCAACAGAAGCUGGGUUCCAUCUUGGAGAGUGAUGGUUGUGCAACAUGUGUCCACUGAAAGUUUGGUGUUGGGUGAUUGAAUGUGAUCACCUGCAGCCCCUGGACUCCACUCCUCAGGUCCUACCUGACCCACCCCCCACCUCUCUCCUGCAGCCUCCAGGUACGAACUCGCUUCCUACCUUGAAUGUGGAGGUGAAGGCGGGUCGAGUGGAUGAGGGUGUGGGCACAGGGCUUAGUGAGGAGUGAAGGGUGCCACUGUCCAAUAAUGGGACCGAUCCAGAUGCAGCCGCGGGGCGACAGAGAGGCGUCACAGAACCCAGCGAUGGAGGAGGAGGUGAUGGAGGCCGCGCAGAGCCAGAGAUAUCCUCGAAAUGUGUUCCUUAGAUAUUUUUGUGGACCAUGGCCUUUGACUGAUCCACUCCAUAACGUCAUCUGGAGAUACUAUGUGCCCAGUAGUGACAUUUUUUUCUCACCAAUAACCAGUGCUAGUUAUCAGGUCCUGAACUUUGAGCCGGUGCCAGCGCUGGAAACCUGGCUGAAAACAACCAAUACACAACUGAUUCAAGUAAACGGCCAGAGGAAGUAUGGAGGACCACCUGAGGUGUGGAACGGCCCCAUCCCAGGAGCCAACUGCGAGGUCUUCAUCAGCCAGAUCCCACGGGAGGUCUACGAGGACCGGCUGAUUCCCCUGUUCAGCUCUGUGGGGCCUCUCUGGGAGUUUAGGCUCAUGAUGAACUUCAGCGGGCAGAACCGUGGCUUUGCAUAUGCUAAAUACAGCUCCUCGGGUUUGGCUGCUGAAGCAAUCUGCCUGCUCGACGGCUACAUGCUGGAGCAAGGCUCCUGCAUCAAGGUCCGCCUGAGUAUAGAGAAGAGACACCUCUGCAUUGAGGAUCUGCCGGCCACCACCAGGCAAGAGGAGCUGCUGGAGGUUCUGCGUGUGCUGACUGAGGGCGUGCAGAAAGUGUCUCUGACAGCCGGGCCUGGUAUCGAGGGGGUGUCGGCCAUAGUAGCCUUCUCCUCCCACUACACUGCUUCUAUGGCCAAGAAGAUGCUGGUUGAAGUGUUCAAGAAGCAGUUUGCACUGAAUAUCUCAAUCGUAUGGCAUCCAGACGAAUCGCUGUCUCCAAACAAGCCUCCGAAGAGCCCUCUGGCAUCUCCCCUGAAGCCACCAUGCCACAUCCUGAAGUCUCCACAGCCCUCAGUCCCGCCUCCACAUCUCGCCCAUCAUUCACCCACCCCCCCAAGUUUCUGCAGAGCAGUGGGCGGACCUACGACCUUUUCACACCCUCACUGUCCCCACCACUUCACUUUUUCCUCUUCGCAGGGGGACCGAGUGCCUGUUGAAUCCCCAGUGAUGCUCCUGAGUAAGGUGUGUGAGGUGACGGGGGUUGGUCAGCCACGCUAUGAGAUGUCCUACAGCCACACUGGAAGAAAUGGAUUCCUCUACUUCGACUACACAGUGUGUAUCCCCAGGAUAACCACUCCUUUCAAAGGGCUGGUCAUGACCUUGCCAGGACCCACUGCCAGCACCGUGCAGGAGGAAGCUGGGCAGGCUGCAGCCCAACAGGUCCUGAAGAGAAUUUACAACAACCAGUGAUCCGAGUGACGAGCUCAUCAACGAGAGCCUCCUCCUGUAGCACUGUUCCAAGACAAAUGUUAAUGUUGUUGAGGUUUGUUAGUUCAUUUCUGCAUGUUUUUAUUAGAGUAAUAGUUUGUCUUGUUUAAGAUGUGUGGUUUGUUUAAAAUGUGUGGUUUGUUUAAUGCAUGCGUUCUGUGUGUUAGUUUUGGAUUGUUCCUCAUUUUAAUAAAUGAGAAUUUAAAAAGAA